CUCCUCUUCUUUCCCCCCUGUUUUGUUUGCUUUAUUCUCAACAGGAAGUUACACUCUCGAAAGUCGUCUUUCUCUCACCUCUCUUGGACACCAGGCCAGCACCAAAUCUUCCCGGACGGUUUCCACCCCAAUCCGCCGGCAUUCUCCGGUGGGAUCGCCACCCGGAGCCGAUCCGAACAAGCGCGAGUUCACCCGCCCGCGAUCCUGUCUCCGCCCGCAUUCAGGGCAGACACAGCUGUUGGUCUUGUUCCUCGUCAGGGCUUCCAUGUGGUGGACGCAAUAUCCUAGGUGCUAGGAUCUGUAACUGAAUUGGGGGAGAAUGAAUGGGGUUUCUGAAGGUCUGAUCAUCGGUACCACAGUUGGUGUGGUGAUAGGGGUGCUGCUGGCAGUUGGAAUACUCCUGUGCAUGAGGUAUCGGCGUUCUCAGGCGCAAAUAAGGAGCAGUAGCUCGAGGAGGUCAUCGACUAUCCCCAUCCGCGCGAAUGGUGUUAAUACAUGUGCAGAGCUGUCGAACUCAACUACAGGGCAGGAAUCGCCGAGAGAGUUUGAAGAUCGUGGACCAUCUCUGUGGAUUGAAGGGCCUGGAAGGAAGAGCCUAAUAUCAGCUUCUGGGAUACCCAAAUAUGCGUACAAGGAACUGCAGAAAGCUACCAGCAAUUUCACAAAACUGUUGGGCCAAGGAGCCUUUGGUCCUGUUUACAAAGCUGACAUGUCAUCUGGUGAGAUACUGGCUGUUAAAGUACUUGCUAACAAUUCAAAGCAAGGUGAAAAGGAGUUCCAAAAUGAGGUCUUACUUCUUGGGCGAUUGCACCACAGGAAUCUGGUGAACUUGGUUGGCUACUGUGCUGAAAAAGGGCAACACAUUCUGUUAUAUGCAUACAUGCCUAAUGGGAGCCUUGCAUCACACUUAUACGGUGAAAAGAGUGCACCACUGAGAUGGGAUUUUAGGGUAAAUAUAGCUCUAGAUGUUGCUAGGGGGUUGGAAUACCUACAUGAUGGGGCUGUUCCUCCAGUAGUUCAUCGGGACAUCAAAUCACCAAACAUUUUACUGGAUCAGUCCAUGCAUGCUAGGGUUGCCGACUUUGGAUUGUCAAGAGAAGAAAUGCUUACUAGAAACGGGGCCAACAUACGUGGAACUUACGGAUAUCUUGAUCCGGAGUACGUGUCCUCACGAUCUUUCACAAAGAAGAGUGAUGUGUACAGCUACGGUGUUCUGCUAUUUGAACUUAUUGCUGGCAGAAACCCUCAACAAGGUUUAAUGGAAUAUGUUGAGCUUGCUGCAAUCAACGCUGAUGGCAAGACUGGUUGGGAGGAAAUUGCCGACUCUCGGUUAGAAGGCGCAUUUGAUGUGGAGGAGCUCAAUGACAUGGCUGCCGCGGCUUACAAAUGUGUAAGCCGUGUCUCCCGAAAGCGACCAUCGAUGCGAGAUGUUGUCCAGGCACUGAUCCGGGUGGCGAAACACAGCCACAGCAGCAGGAAUCAUCAUGGUAGGAGGCUUCCACCGGGCAGGACAGAUGACGAAUCUGUUGACCUUGAGGCAUCAGAGGAUCAGUCAUCUGCCUCUGGUCAUCAGAGACAGGAAUCAGUUGGCAGUGUCUCUGAACUUCCAGACGUCUGAUGGAAACUAACCAAAAUUUCCCCCUACUGUUGUUCCUGGCCUGUCUUCUUUCGAUUUGUGCAAUUCUUUUGUUUUGUUGAUACGAAAAGUACCUGAUCAAGCAUGGAACUAGUGGAUAGGAAGGUGAAGUUUUGAGCAGUUUUGUGUAUGGUGGUGAGUGCUGACUGGUGUCGAGGGCUGUCAAUAGUAACUGUGUUGUAUAGACCUGCACUGUAACUACUUGAUAAAUAGAAGCUGAUUGUUACAA